AUGAACGUGAUGUUUGCGAGGAUGAUGGGCACGACUGGUUUCUCAUAUACAACUAGUUGGGGCGAAAGUGAAGAGCGAUCUGAAACUAUUUCGAUUGGUACCACAAGUAGUGUUGAAACGGAACUGCUGCCCGGGCGGGCGGCGACCGCGGUACUGUCAGCAAAUAAGGGUGCUUUAGAGGUAGAAGUCGUGUACUUAACAAAAUUAAGAGGGAACGUAACAGUGAACUUUAAAAUUCCUUAUAAGGGUCACCCUUUCUGGGGUCCAUCGAUAGAUAGUGUGAUGAAGAGUGGUGGAUUAGAAAAUGAAGUGAUUGUAAAAGAUACUAUCAAGUUAGGUUUCUACACGGAUGCAUCUUUAGGACGAGCAGUAUCGUACCAUGAUCGAUGGAGAAAGGAUUAUUUACAAAACGCAUCUCAAUCAUUUGACGUUUCAAGGGAUGGUUUUAUAAAUAUUCAGUCAGGGCAACGAGUAACGACGAGAUUAAAGGGAACCAAAACAAUCCUGCUUAUCAAAAUCAAUUACGUUGCGAGGUUAGUUGGUUACUUGGUAGUAAAAUAUGCUCAUGUUUACGGUAAAUACCAUUUUUGGGCCCCAAAUGUCAAUGAUAUAAUGAAAGCAGCCGGCAUCAUUAAUGAAAUAAUCACAACUGAACCGAUAGAAGUGCGAUGCUACCACGAUCCAGUUCUAGAGAUAUUCGAUAGUUUAACAGAAAAACCAAUGCGUAUAGUCAUACCACCAACGCCAUUCCCUCUAAGAUCUAAAUCGAGAUAUUCUAAUAAAGUAAAAAAGGCUCACCCAAAAUAA